AUGGGGUAUGGUCGCUAUACAUCUCGGAGCAAUACUCGACCACAGGUUUUUGGCUACAACAUCGCUUCUCCCCAACUCACGAGAAUAUGGGGCAAGCUGCCGGCAGAUAUUUGCAGGCAGGAAUCACGUUACAUUGGAGAUGCAUUAGACGCUAUCGGAUCUCGUCCGAUGGUCUCACUUGACAAGCUAUCUUCGCGUUGCAAAGGUCGUUCCAACAGCAGGGCGGGAGACCGGGCGUACUGCCUCGAAAGUCAGAACUGCCCGCGCUACCACGUCUUCAAGGUUAUGUUCUCAGUGGCUGCAUAUGUCUGCGAUGCGUUCUUAUCAAACCUGAGGAGGAGGUGUCGGGUCUCCUCCGCUUCCACUGGUCGAUCUCGACAUACCCCACCUGCAUUGCGCCUUGAUAACGCGAUCAGAUAA